AUGCCUCCUCUUUCUUCUUCUUCUCAAAAUACGACGAAGACGCCCGCGACUUCGCACGCCGUUGGCGAUCAUCACCGGCGGCUUUUGGCGUUUCUGCGGUCUCGUCGCGGGAGGCCGCGGAGGGCGGCGAUCACGCGGGAUCCGCCCCUGGCGGCCGCGGUCGCGGUGAUUCCCAUCCGCGAGUUCAUUUUAUCCACCCUGACCGCACUUCCCACGGGCGGGGAUGAGGGGUUUGAGCUCGGCAGGCGGGAUCUGGCGGGCUGCGUGGAGUAUUUUGACUUUUUCGAUCGCUUUUUUGAUAUCACCUGCGGGGAUCAGACGACCGUGGGGUUCUUUCACGAGGUCUGA